AUUCGGUAAUAUCUGGAUUGUGCGCUGUCCCAAGAAGAUGAGCCAUCACGUUGGAGAUUAUGCACGGAAUUACCUUAAUGGUGCGCCAAACCGAUUUGACUCAGUGGCACAUUUCUUCGCCCAUGAUAUACCCACCAGCAUCGCCAAGGCCAAUCUUAUCGUAGGCGGGCAGGAUGUUCUCGUUUGGAGCGGUUUACAAGGCACCAUCGGCGUGCUCAUCCCCUUCGUCACACGCGAGGACGCUGAAUUCUUUCACACGCUAGAGAUGCAGAUGCGUACUCUUGACUUGUCGCCUGUUGGCCGUGAUCAUCUGAUGUAUCGUAGCUAUUAUGAGCCGAUCAAGGGCUUUAUAGAUGGAGAUCUAUGCGAGCGGUAUCGGCUACUUCCUGCAGACAAGAAGCAACAAAUUGCAAACGAGCUCGAUCGCUCCGUCAGCGACAUUGAACGUAAAGUCUCUGAUGUCCGAACUCGGUCUGCCUUCUAA